UUUAAAAUUUUUUAAAAUUUUUAGUUUAUCGAAAAAAUUGUCAAGAAGAAUGUGAAAGCAGAUCAUGCUAUAUAGAUGCCCAUGGAAUUAGCAGAUGUUGUGAUGAAGCCUGUGUUGGAGGGUGUGAAGGAGAAGGACGUGGGAAAUGCAUUGUACGAGAGCUUGUCAAGAACUUGAGGAAGAUGGAAGAUGUGUGUCACAGUGUACAGGAACACAAAAAUACAACAGAAAACAAAAAAUCAACGAACUCAUUCCAAAAUCCAAAGCAAAAUAUGCUUAUGAAAAGCAUUGCCUACCUGAAUGCCCUCCUGGUACAUUAAUUGAAUCGUCUAGUUGUGUGGCUAGAUGUUCGCCAGGAUUUUAUCGAGAUCCAAAAAUAGAUCCGCGGAAAUGUAUUCCAUGUAAAGAGAAAGAAUGUCCAGUUGUUUGUCAAUUUCCGCCUCCGGGAGUGGAUAUACUAAAUUCUGGGAAUAUUCAUGUACUUGAAAAUUGCACGGAAGUUGAAGGCUAUAUUACAAUUAUUGACCAAUCCUAUGUAGAAAUUUCUCAAUUUGCGGAUGAGAAAGAAUUUAUUCGAUUUGAACAAGCGGAGGCGGAGGUACAACCAACAUCACAAAAAUUGUUUGCUCCUUUAAAUGCUUCUCAAUUAGAAAUUUUAAAAUCGAUAAAAAUAAUAACCGGCUUUUUAGCAAUAGAAGGCUCAAAUUUUAAAAAUCCGUUAAGGCCAUCUAACCUAAGUUUUCUUGAAAAUCUUGAAUUAAUUGAAGGACGCCAACUCUUUUUUGAGAAAUAUGCUCUCUUAAUUUUUGGAGAUCCACAAUUAAAAUUUUUGGGAUUACGUUCACUUUCUAAUAUAACACAUGGAAAUGUUUUUGUGAGAAAUAAUAGUAAUCUUUGUUAUUCACAAUCGAUCCCGUUUAAACAACUUUUUGGAAUUAAUCAAAGCUAUUGGAUUAAUAAUGGGAAUGAAACAGAUUGCGAUCAACAUCAAUGUGAUCAAAACUGUGCAAAAGAAUUUGGUUGUUGGGGUCCUGGACCAGAACAAUGUGUUAAGUGUAAAAAAUAUUUGCGUGAAAAAGAAUGUUUGGAUAAAUGUCCAGAUCAAGGUUAUUUUGUUGACAAUUCCAAACCUUUAAUUUGUCAACCUUGUAAUGAUCAAUGCAAAAUCUGUCACGGUCCAUUACCUACACAAUGUUCUGUCUGCAAAACUUAUCAUAUUUGGAUUUUACAAAAUUCAAUAAAUAAUACAAGCAAUAGUUUUGAAUAUUAUUUUGAUGAAUUUGACGAGAAUGAAUUUAUAACUACGACUACCCCAAAAGAACAAAUUGCUGAUGGAAGUUGGACAAUUGGGGCAGUUAAAAAAUGUGUUCAAUAUUGCCCAAAUUCAACAACAUAUUCUCUUGGAUUUGAAUGCCGUCCGUGUCAUGAAGCAUGUUUUGAAGGAUGUACUGGACCUAUGGAUAUUGUUGGUAACAAUGGAUGCAAUAAAUGUUUGUAUGGAUUGAGGGAUGAACUUGGAAAUUUGCGUUGUCUCAAAGGCAGUGAACCUUCAAGCGAUGUUUGUGGCUUUAAAAAUACUUUUGGUGAAAAUUAUUUUCUUGCUUUAGAACCGGCAAAUUCUCUAACUAAAUUUUCUUGUCGUAAAUGCCGUCCAGAAUGUAAAAAUUGUACUCGUGAUGGUGUAGUAGAAAUGACUUCUGAUGGAAGUACUCCAGUUUGUAGUUGUGCCUAUUGGCGUUUGGAACCAGCUAUUGUUAAUAAUAAUCGUCCGACAGAAUGUUCAAUGGAUUGUGGAAAAGGCUCUUAUAUUCUAAAAUAUCCAAAUGAAACUAUUUCUGGUAUUGGAGAAUGUAGACGUUGCCAUCCAUUUUGUGAUAUUCACCGGUCUUGUUAUGACGAUGGGCCUUCAAAUUGUGAGAAAUGUGCUCAUGGUGGAAUUUUAGAUAAAAAUGGGACUGUUAAGUGUUUAAAUGCAUGUCCUCCAGAAUUGCCAUAUGCUGAUGAAGAAGGAAUUUGUCAACUUAUUGACCGUGAACGUUCUCGAAGGCAGAAACAAAUAAAGAUUGUUGGAGGAGUGUUUUUGGCGAUUAUAUUGUUGGCUGUUUUGAUUGGAUUUUUGGUUUGGCGUUGUCUAAUUUAUCAGAAAAAAUAUAUGAAAGAAGUACAGAUGCAUUUGCCAGAAAUUCCUCCAUUGGAUCCAUUAAAAGUUACUCAACGUCCAAACAUGCGUCGUCUCAAUCUUAUUCAAGUUAAUGAAUUGGACUUUUUGCCUGGGAAAUCAACUGUUUUGGGUCAAGGAGCGUUUGGAAUUGUUUAUGCUGGUAAAUGGCGUCCACCUGGCGUAAAAGUGAACAUACCUGUAGCAAUAAAGGCAAUAAGCGCUCUAGAUAGUCGCCUCAACGAAAAAGAAAUGUUGAGAGAAGCAGGAAUAAUGCAUUCUGUACAACAUGAACAUUUACUUCCUGUGGCAGGAAUAUGCCUUGGAGGUGGUGGAGGACUUAAAAUUGUUACUUUAUUGCGUCCUUUGGGUUCUUUACUAAAAUUUUUUGAACAAUAUAGUUCUCAACUUGGUUCUAAACAAUUAAUGUUGUAUUGCUAUCAGAUCUCCUCAGCAAUGGAAUAUUUAACAAAACGUGCAAUUGUUCAUCGUGAUUUGGCAGCUAGAAAUGUUUUGGUAAAAAGUGCUUUACAUGUUGAAGUUACAGAUUUUGGAUUAGCAACAAUGUUACAAAGACCUAAUGAUUCUGUAAUUAUUGAAGGAAGAGUAGCUGUAAAAUGGCUGGCUCCAGAAAGUUUAAGACAUUCAAUUUUUAAUCAACGGACAGAUGUUUGGUCAUUUGGAAUAACUUGUUGGGAAAUUUUAACUGUUGGAGCCUGCAGUCCCUACAAAGAAUUGAAGUUACCACGUGAACGUUUAGCUAAAGAACUUGUUGAUAAACUUGAAUGUGGUUAUAGAUUAGAACAACCAAAUAAUUGCAGUCAAGAAUUAUAUCAGGAAUUGCUUAAUUGUUGGCUUCCUGAUCCAGAAUCACGACCAAGUUUUAGACAAAUUAAAGAACGCUUUGAACAAUUUUGUCGUGCUCCCCAUAUUUACAUUCAAGAACGAAGAAAUCGCCUAAUUGAGAAUCAACAAAAACAACAACAAAUGGAAUCGCGUAUAGGAAGUAUUGGACAAAGAGAAAUGAUUGCACGUUUACUUCAUGAUAGUGAUUUUGCUGAUCCUGUAUUUGUAGAUCCUGCUGAAUAUAGCAAUAAUUCUUUGAAUAAUCGAGAUGUCAGCAACAACAACAGUCCCCAACGUGAAAAUACAAAUAAUACAAACACAACAAUACUUUCUGAUGAUGAAUGUUUCUUUUCGACUGUUGAACUUGUGCAUAAUAAUAAUAAAACACCAUCGCCCAGAAACUGUGGUGUAAAACCAGAUCGUCAUGGAAGUGUCGCUACAACAAUUUCUUCUCGUUAUAAAAGUGAUCCACUUGGAAGUGGUAGUCGAAAAUGUUCACAUUCCUCUUGGUCUCGUGAUGAAGAUGGAUUACCUUUACCAAAACUUUCUUUAACUGAUGAAGAUAAUUAUUUGAUGCCAAUAAAAAAACUUGGUUUAUUCCUUGAUGAAGAAAUUGAAAAAUUUGGAGAAGAGGAUGAGGAAGAAGAAAAUGAUGAUGAUGAGAAUGCUACACUUUAUACACCUGUUGUGGAAGGAAAGAGGGAUACUAUUAAAAAAUUAUUUCCCUCAACACUUCCUUACUCUAAUACAACAACUUUAUAUACAAAUCAAUUUGGGGAAUAUAUAAAUGAAAAGAACGGUGAAGAAGAAAAGAAGAAUGUUGUUGGUGUCAUCAAAGGUUCUGGUAAUAAUAUUGAAAAGGAUGAAAAGAAAGGAGGUUAUGUGAAUACUAAAGGUGAGGAGGACGAAAAGGUAAUGACCGCCGUUAAUAAUAAAAAUAUUAAUAAUAAUUAUGAAGACAACAACAAUUUAAUAGAAAAACGUGACAAUAAUAAUCAAUUGUUGUUGCGGACUGAAACUGAAACAGUUAUUUAA